AUGGCAUCUUCCGUAGCAUCAGCCACCACAACAUCAUCAUCAUCAUCACCACCACCGUCAACGAUGACUUCGUCAACGCUCGCAUCUAGUCAAGGCACCUCCAGUUCAUCGAUGCCAUCAUCGGUAGCAUCAAGCACUGUAGUAUCGUCAUCACCGUCAACGACCGCAUUGUCAACAACCGCAUCCAGUCAAGGCACCUCCAGUUCACCAGUGGCAUCAUCGGUAACAUCAAGCACCGCAGCGUCGUCAUCACCGUCAACGAUGGCUUCGUCAACACUCGCAUCUAGUCAAGGUACCUCCAGUUCACCGAUGCUAUCAUCGGUAGCAUCAAGCACUGUAAUAUCGUCAUCACCGUCAACGACCGUAUCGUCAACAUCCGCAUCUAGUCAAGGCACCUCCAGUUCACCAGUGACAUCAUCGGUAGCAUCAAGCACUGUAAUAUCGUCAUCACCGUCAACGACCGUAUCGUCAACAUCCGCAUCUAGUCAAGGCACCUCCAGUUCACCAGUGGCAUCAUCGGUAGCAUCAAGCACUGUAGUAUCGUCAUCACCGUCAACGACCGUAUCGUCAACAUCCGCAUCUAGUCAAGGCAUCUCCAUUUCACCAGUGGCAUCAUCGGUAGCAUCAAGCACCGCAGCGUCAUCACCAUCUUCAGCGAUCACAUCGCCAACAUCUUCACCUAGCGAAAGCAUUUCCAGUUCGACAAUAUCAACCACCACAGCGUCAUCAUCAUCACCACCGUCAACGAUGGCUUCGUCAACACUCGCAUCUAGCCAAGGCACCUCCAGUUCACCGAUGCCAUCAUCGGUACCAUCAAGCACUGUAGUAUCAUCAUCACCGUCAACGACCGCAUCGUUAAUAACCGCAUCCAGUCAAGACACCUCCAGUUCACCACUGGCAUCAUCGGUAGCAUCAAGCACCAUAGCAUCGUUAUCACCGUCAACAAUGGCAUCGUCAACAUCCCCAUCCAGUCAAGGCACCUCCAGUACACCAGCGGCAUCAUCGGUAGCAUCAAGCACCGCAGCGCACUCAUCAUCGUCAAUGAUGGCUUCGUCAACAUCCGCAUCUAGUCAGGAUACCUUCAGUUCACCAGUGGCAUCAUCGGUAGCAUCAAGCACCGCAGCGUCACCACUGUCUUCAGCGAUCACAUCGCCUAGCGAAAGCAUUUCCAGCUCGACAAUGGCAUCUUCCGUAGCAUCAAGCACCACAACAUCAUCAUUACCGUCAAUGAUGGCUUCGUCAACAUUCACAUCCAGUCAAGGCACCUCCAGUUCACCGAUGCCAUCAUCGGUAGAAUCAAGCACUGUAGUGUCGUUAUCACCGUCAACAGUGGCAUCGUCAACAUCCCCAUCCAGUCAAGGUACCUCCAGUACACCAGUGGCAUCAUCGGUAGCAUCAAGCACUGUAGUAUCGUCAUCACCGUCAGCGAUCGCAUCUUCAACAGAUGCAUCUAGUCAAGGUACCUCCAGUACGCCAGCGGCUUCAUCGGUAGCAUCAAGCACCGCAGCGUCCUCGUCACCGUCAACUAUGGCUUCGUCAACAUUCACAUCUAGCCAAGGUACCUUCGGUUCAUCAGUGGCAUCAUCGGUAGCAUCAAGCACCGCAGCGUCCUCAACACCGUCAACUAUGGCUUCGUCAAUAUCCGCAUCUAGUCAAGGUACCUCCAGUACACUAGCGGCAUCACCGGUAGCAUCAAGCACCGCAGUGCCCUCAUCACCGUCAACGAUGGCUUCGUCAACAUCCGCAUCUAGUCAGAGCACCUCCAGUUCACCGAUGCCAUCAUCGGUAGCAUCAAGCACCAUAACAUCGUCAUCACCGUCAACGAUCGCAUCGUCAACGCCUGCUUCUAGACGAAGCACUUCUGGCUCGUCGGCUCCAACAGGUACUGUAGGAACUUCGCCACAGUUAGCGACAUCAACUGGCAGUAGCACUGGAGGUUUUAAAUCCGUUCAGAUAUAA